AUGACCCGCGUCUGCGAUGCGGCGAUGCCUAGGGCUCAGCCCAAUACUGCAAGGCGCCAGGUCUACUGGUGGUCGCCGGAGAUCGCACGGCUGCGUCAAGCCUGCGUGACCGCGCGCCGCCAGUGGUCCAGGUUCCGCAGGAGGCGUCGCCGCCCCGAAGAUGCGGCAGCGAGAGAGGCGGAGCUGUCAGCGGGUUACAGGGUUGCCAAGAGGACCCUUCAGGCAGCGAUAAAGCGGGCCAAGAGCGAGGCCCGCCGCGAGAUGCUGGAGACACUGGAGCGGGAUCCGUGGGGACGCCCCUACCGUAUGGUUAGGGGCAAGAUGCGCCCAUGGGCCCCGCCGCUCACACGGUGUCUUCAGCCAGAGCUGCUUGAGAGGGUCGUUGGCUCCCUGUUCCCAACGCGAGUGGUGGAGCAUACUCCGCCACAGAUGGCUCCGCCUCCGGCGCUUGAGGCGCCUAACGUGGAUGACGACGACGUGCCUGAGGUCACUGGGGUGGAACUAAGGGCGGCGGUGUUACGGCUUAAAGCCAAAAACACCGCCCCGGGACCCGAUGGCAUUCCUGGCCGAGCGUGGGUCCUGGCCUUAGUUGACGAGGCUCUCGAGCCCCGACUGCGAGGGUUCUUCAGCGCAUGCCUCGAGCGGGGCCAGUUUCCAAAAUUGUGGAGGACGGGGAAACUGGUCCUCAUCCGAAAGGAGGGGCGCCCGGCGGACUCACCGUCCGCCUACCGGCCCAUAGUGUUGCUUGACGAGGUGUGCAAGCUCUUUGAAAGAGUGAUUGCAAGGCGCCUCGUCAAGCAUCUCGUGAUGGUUGGGCCGGAUCUGGCGGACAACCAGUACGGUUUCCGUCAGGGGCGCUCCACCGUGGAUGCGAUCAUGCGCGUGAAGGCUCUGGCGGAGGAAGCAGUCUCCCGGGGUGAAGUGGUGUUGGCGGUGUCCUUGGACAUCGCCAACGCGUUCAACACUAUGCCCUGGAGCUGCAUCAGGGAGGCGCUCGUGUAUCACGAAGUGCCUCUCUACCUCCGCCGCAUAGUCGGGGCAUAUUUGUCGGAGAGAGCCGUCGUCUACCCCAGUAGGACCGGUCUCGGUAGGCGUGAAAUGUCGUGCGGUGUUCCGCAGGGGUCGGUGUUAGGGCCACUCUUGUGGAACAUCGGCUACGACUGGGUGCUUCGUGGUGCCUUCUUGGAUGGUGUCGCCGUCGUGUGCUACGCGGACGACACACUCGUGACGGCGCGCGGCAAGACGCACCACGAGGCAACCCUGAGGGCCACGGCCGGGGUUGCCCAAGUCGUUGAGCGUAUCCGGCGGCUGGGUCUCGAGGUGGCUCUGCACAAGUCCGAGGCCCUGUUCUUCCACGGGCUUCGGAGGAAGCCGCCUGAGGGAUCUAGCCUCACGGUAGGAGGCACUCGCAUCGGCAUCGAGCCCUCGAUCAGGUAUCUGGGGCUCGUACUCGAUGGCCGAUGGGACUUCGGAUAUCAUUUCCGAGGUCUGGUCCCUAAGUUGGUUGGGGCAGCGCGUGCGUUGGCGCGGCUGCUGCCCAACAUGAAGGGACCCGAUGACUCCUGCAGGAGACUCUACUCGGGGGUUGUGCGGUCCAUGGCCCUUUACGGGUGCCCGGUAUGGGCGGGGGCCCUGAAGGCCAGCAACGUCGCGAUACUGCGACGACCGCAGCGAAUGCUGGCCAUCAGGAUCAUAAGGGGGUACCGCACGAUCUCCUUUGAGGCAGCGAGUCUCCUGGCCGGAACUCCACCGUGGGACCUGGAGGCGAGAGCCCUUGCGGCACUGUAUCAGUGGCGCAAGGAGGCGCAGGAGUUGGGUCGAUGCCCCGAGAUUCGAGAAAUCGAUGACCGGAAAUCCCAACUCCGCCAGGUCAUCAUAGGGGAGUGGAGGGAACGACUCGGGCAACCGAGCGCUGGGCACGCCGUCAUUGCGGCGGUAAGACCCGUUAUGGAGGAUUGGCUCGAGAGGCGUCACGGGACCCUCUCAUACCGAUUGACGCAGGUGAUCACUGGGAAGGGAUGUUUCGGAGAUCACCUGUGUCUGAUCCGCAAGGAGCCAACGCCUGAGUGCCACCACUGCGAUGGCCAGACCGUGGACACGGCUCUCCACACGCUGGCAGAGUGCCCGGCGUGGGUUGAGCAGAGGCGAGACCUCGUGGCGGCCAUCGGAGUGGGAGUUCUCUCGCUCGAUAGCCUGAUUGCAGCUAUCGUGCGGAGCGAGAGUGCGUGGAACUCUGCCGUCUCCUUCUGCGAGCAAGUUAUGCUCGCGAAGGAGACGGCGGAGCGGGACCGGGAGAGGUUUAGAACUCUCCCGGCCCGCCAGGCCCGGGCACGGGCCAGGCAGCGCAGGUCACUCAGGCGCCGGAGGUCGCAGAACGACCUCCGUCCUCCAUAA